AUGAUUAAUUCCAUGAGAGCCAUGAUCUCAACACAUCAAAACCUCAUCACUUCUUCAUCUCUCUUGAUGAUGAUUCUUUCACUCCAUAGUUUGUUUGAAUCUUGUGAUGCCAUCAUAUGCCCUCCUCCUUCUUCAUGUGGCAUCUUUGCCAACAUCAGCUACCCUUUCCGCCUCACUGGCGACCCCAAAAACUGCGGUGAUCCAAGAUUUGAAUUAUCAUGUGAAAAUAAUGUGACCUCCAUCUCCCUUCAUUCUCACAAAUACUAUGUCCAAGCAAUCAACUACGACAACUCCAUCAUGAGGCUGGUUGAUGCUUCCAUAAACAAUGACGACAUCUGCUCCUUUCCCACCUUUUCUACAUAUGCCUAUACUCACCUAUUCCCGAUUAAUUCCUUGCCUAUAAACUUGAUAAGCUGCCCAAAUCCGUUGAGGAAUUCAUCCCUUUUUACUGAUAUCAAUACUCCUUGCGUCUCUAACUCAUCCCAUCAUCAUAGAUAUGCUUAUAUCAGAGUCGGCAAUAUGAAGGCCUCGGAGAUGCCAUACACUUGUCGAUUAGACUCCAUAGCGAUGACAUCCAGCAACUAUAAUUUCAAGGAUUUGAACAAUGCUUCGCUUUCAGAAAUCCAUGACUCCCUCUUGUAUGGAUUUGAACUCACCAUCUGCCCCUGGUGUGGAACAUCCAAAGUCUCCUUAAUUCAGCGGUUUCUCCCAAUUCUUGUGGUCUUCCUAGCAUGUAUGUUGUGUGUAGCAAUAAUCCCUCCUGUAUUCACCAUAUGUGGAUUCGCCACAGUAUCACUACUCGUACUUCACAUUCUAUUGCUAUUGAGAUAUAUAUUAUACACGGGGCACGAGCAUAUAAGUAACCCGUUGUUCAAUGGAUCAACAUUCCGUAGAAUAUAUGGAUUCGCAUUCCAUCUACUCGGUGUGCUUGCAGUUAGAGUCCCAUAUGUCGUGCCAUCGAACCCGCUGCUGGCUCAAGUAGCAGUUGCCAUCGACUUGAUCGUCUUGCUAUCAAGGGGUAUCAUUUUCCCUUUCAUGUUGUGGCUUUUGAUAUACAAAUUCCGAAGAAGGUCUUUGUCCGACCGUAACAUUAUAGAAUCCUUCCUCCAGAGUGAUAACAAACUCUCACAAAUCAGAUAUUCAUAUUCAGACAUAAAGAGGAUGACAAGAGGUUUUCAAGAAAAAAUAGGUGAAGGAGGCUAUGGUUGUGUUUACAAAGGAAAGCUCCGAAGCGGGCAUCAUGUAGCAGUCAAAAUGCUGGUGCAAUCCGGAGGAAAUGAGCAAGACUUUAUAAAUGAAAUAACAACUAUUGGAAGAAUACGUCAUGUCAAUGUGGUGCAACUAGUUGGCUAUUGUGCACAAGGUUCCAAGCUUGCUCUCGUCUUUGAUUUCAUGACCAAUGGUUCUCUUGAAAAAUACCUCUUCAAUAGAGAAAGAAUGAAUUACUUAAAUUGGAAUACAAAGUUUGAUAUUGCUGUUGGAAUAGCUCGAGGAAUUGAGUAUUUGCAUGGAGGGUGUGACAUCCAGAUUCUUCAUUUUGACAUCAAGCCUCACAACAUACUCCUCGACCAUAACUUCAUCCCCAAAAUAUCUGAUUUCGGGCUAGCCAAGUUAUGCUCUGUAGAGAAGGAGGUAAUAACGUUAACAGCCAUUAGAGGAACCAUAGGGUAUGUUGCUCCAGAACUCAUCAAUAGAGGUAUAGGCGGAAUCUCUUCCAAGGUGGAUGUCUAUAGUUUCGGGAUGUUGUUGAUGGAAAUGCUAGGCUUAAACAGAGUGUUGAGGGAAAACAAAGAUGAUUCUACGAAGUAUUUCCCACAUUGGAUAUAUGACCACAUUAAACAAGGCAUGGAGAUUAAUAUUGAAAGGGCGGAGGAGAACAAUAGUAAUGAUGAGGAUGAGAGUGUUCGGAAGAUGACAAUAGUUGCGUUAUGGUGCAUACAAAUGAAUCCGGAUGAUCGUCCAUCAAUGAAUCAAGUGUUGCAAAUGUUAGAAGGUGAUGUGGAGCGCCUGCAGAUUCCAGAGGUUCCAUCAUCACAAUCAACACAAAUUGCUGGAAAUGAGGAAGAGAGUUGGCUUACAGAUGCAACUGAUUCUGUACAUAUGCUCCAUCAUAACAAUGCUAGCACCUUAGAGAUUACUAUUGCAUGAACCUCUUCUUCCCAGUCUCCAGUUCUCCAUAAUCCAUCCAUCUCUUUCUUCUACAUGUAUCUGUAUUGUACUCAUAGUUUUGUUUUUGAUUCCGUAGUGGAGUAAUAUGUAAUCAAUAAAUCAUUUGCUUCUAACCAAUUACACAGAGUAGACAUCAUCAUACAUAA